UAAUCAAAGAUUAGGCCAUUUCGUUUUCUGCAAGUGCAUUUUUGUUUUUCUGCUUAACUAAAUUAAGUAACAUGAGGCAUUGAGCUUAUUAUUUUGGUUCAAUGAUCAGAGGGUUAAACUCAAUUAAUACUUUCCCAAAAGAAAAUAGAAAACAAAAGAAAUGGUGCAGCACUAGCACUAGCUCAGCAGCUAUGACAGGGAUAUUAAUUUGGCCUGCCAGUCAAUCCUCGUUCAUGGUAUAAAAGGGCAAUAUUUUAAUUCAAGCAAAAGCUAUUUAAACUCAUUAUUAAAAGAAUGUAAUCAAAUAAACGACAAAACAAAAAUAAUAAAGGAGUUAAAAGGAAUUUAAAUGAGUCGCAAUCUAUGAACGUAGAUAGAUUGCGAUAGCUAGAAAGAUAGAGAAAAAGAAAAGCAAAAGAAAAAGAAAAAGAGGAGAGGAAAGAAAAAAAAAAAGAAAAAAAAAGAAAAGAAAGGAAAAGGCACUCACUAUAUCUCAUUGAACAGUAAGUAGCCUUUUUGUUAACUCGAAUCCCAGCCAUUCUCUUCCACCAUUAUAUCUAUCCCUCUGCAACUUCCUUUUAUAUUUUCAUUCUCCAAUAGAAAAGAAAGGGAAAUUAAUUGAACAGAGCCAUAUACAAUUCUCUCUUCCUCUCCUCUCGAAAGAAAGAAAAUGCCUCUGAUCCAUCUGCAUCGAUCUUUGAAUACAUAACUUCCCCCUUUUCACUAACUUUCUACUUAAACUAUCAUCCCCAGAAAACCUCUGUUACUUUCUCCUUUCUUGCAUUUUUUAAUAUAUAUAUAUAGAAUCUGGUUAGUAUUCUCUGCAAUUCUUUCACCUCUAGUGAAAUAUUUAUAUUUCUUUCUUUCCUUUCUGAUCUCUCCUAGCUAUAUCUAUUAACCCUAGAUUGAUCCUACUGAAAAGAGCCUCUCCUUUUUUUCUUUAGUCUUUACUCUACUUAUUCUCUCUCUCUCUCUCAACGCCCAUGCAAAUCAUAAGGCACUCAUGAUAUAAUCAUAUAAUCACAACUCCUUCGCUUUUGAUCAGCUCUAGCGCUUCCUUCAAUGUUCUAGCCCAUUUCUUGGCUUUCUAUUCUAUUCUACUUUCCCUCUUUGUCUCUUCAUUUCCCUUUCCUUUUAACUUUCUCAUUCUUUCUCUUUUAAUUAAUAGUAAUACUGCUUACAAGUCUGACUAACUAAAUUAAUUAGACAUCUCCAUCGUUGAUCGAUCCUCAUGUUCUCUAGCUCCAACCUGAUGAUGAGAACUGCAUCAUCUUUGCCUGAUCUUUCUUUGCAGAUCAGCCCACCAUUAGCCUCUGAUUGUGAAGCUAAUGAAAUGGGUACAAAUUAUAAUGGAGGAAUAACAUGGAAAGCACUUUACUGUGACAGGAGCUCAACUACUGAUUCUGGUAGCAGUGGAAGUGAUUUAAGCCAUGAAAAUGGUACCUUAAACCAAGAAAGGAGCUAUAAUAAUAAUCUUGGUCCUAGUGAGCCCACUUUGAGCUUAGGGUUUGAAAUGGCAGAUAUGACUACUCCUCCAGCACUGCAACUACCAAGAAAUCUUAAUCAUCAUCAUCACCAUCAACCUCAAAUCUACGGCCGCGAGUUCAAGAGAAAUGGAAGAAUGAUUGGUGGAGUGAAAAGAAGCAUCAGGGCUCCUAGAAUGAGAUGGACCACAACUCUUCAUGCCCAUUUUGUUCAUGCUGUCCAGCUUCUCGGAGGCCAUGAGAGAGCAACACCAAAAUCAGUGUUAGAGUUGAUGAAUGUGAAGGAUCUAACCCUAGCUCACGUGAAGAGUCACUUGCAGAUGUAUAGAACAGUGAAGAGCACUGACAAAGGAACAGGUCAAGGCCAGACAGAUAUGGGUUUGAAGCAAAGAGCAGGGAUUGUUGAUGUAGAUGCAGGAGUAUCUGCUGGAAAAGCUGAUGCCAACCCUUGUUGUUCUCUCAACCCACCACCACCACCAACACCAACAACACCACUACCAAGCGUCCAAAAAACCCAAAUAAGAGGUUCUUGGUCAUCAUCAAUGGAGACAAGGGACAUAAAUAUAUCAAACUCUGAGGCAUUAAUAUACUCUCAUUUCAGUGCACAUGACACAAAGGAGAACGGACCCAUGGCAGACCUCCACAUGUCUGAUAGAGUGAAGGAGAGCUUGGAUUCUAGCAGUUUGUCAUCUACAGAUAUGUUGGUUAAUCUAGAGUUUACACUUGGAAGACCAAGUUGGCAAAUGGACUAUGCUGAAUCAUCAAAUGAGUUGACCCUUCUCAAGUGCUAAAUCACUAACUAAUUCAAUAUUUUGUCUAAUCUUCUUUUUCGGGUGAACGUGCAUGGACAAAAAUAUGGAAUAUAUUUUCAUGCAUCUGUUCCAUGUUCAUGGAAUUUUGUCUAAAAAGAAGUGGAAAAAGAAUGGUAACUUUAUUGUAUGAAAUAUAUGCUGGACUGAA